CCUUCACAGGGAAAAACAUUUUAGAUGGAAUCUGACUACCUGAUUAUCCACUCAACUAUACCAGGUUGUUAUUCUCAAAGCGUUUUACAUGGAACAUGUUUCAUGGAAUAGCUGUGCUUCCAGUUACGUGAAAAUGGUACUCGUUAUGAUUUGAUAACUUUAUUGACAUUUAUAUGGCAGCGUGUUGCCAAAGAUUUUGAGAUAAUUAAAUUUAAUGGUUUGACUAUGUUUCAAAAGCAACAACUUCCACGCAUGAUUUUUGCGUUGAAUAAAAUUCACUCCAAAGUUUUUAGGGUCACAAUCUGAUAAGAACAAGCAUAUACCGAAGUUAUAAAAGUUACUAGGUAAUUACUAAUAUUUUCUGUAAUGCAGCAUAAUCUUUUUACAAAAGUGAUAGAAAUUUUGAUAUACGAGUUUGUACGACAUAAGCGAGUUAAAGUUGCACUUUUUUUUCCUUAAUUACGAAUUUGAAUUUUAGAACGCAUAGGCCUCGUUCACAUCCAGCAUUUGAUACACGUAUCAAAUAGUGUAUUUGAGCUGAUCAGCUAAUAAUUGAACCAAUUUACUAGUUAUUUACUAUUUGCUACGCGUAUUAAACGAUCGAUGUAAACUAGAUCAUAGUUACACGAAAAGUUGAGGAAAAUUCUUAGCAUUUCUCUACCCUUUAAGGAUAUUUUUACACAUAUAAAUAAAAUUCAAGACUGAUAAAAGCCGAGCGUAGAAAUUAAGCGCAAAUUUAUUUUAAAAUCUUGUUUAUUUUAUUUAAAGUACUAUUCUCUUCUUUUGUGAAGCAUCUUUUAGUUCCACACACAAUGCCACGCAACAGCCCAGAGGGCUUAUUCUUGAAUUAAUUUGCAAGAGAAACGUAUGUGUAAAUUCAGUUCUUACAGAAAAGUUGCAAGUUGAUUGGCUAUUGCAUAUGGCUUUUAGCCAUAUUCAUUAUUAGCCAUAUCAAUUAUUCUUGAAUUUAUUCAAGCCUAUGGUUUGACGUUAUUUUGACGUUUGAUUUGUUAUUUUGACGUGUAGUAAUAGUCUGUUCUUUUCAGCUGAACUGGCUACACUAGUGCAGAGAUUGUCUUUUUCCUUCCAAUGUCGAGCAAGACCUAAUAUAAAUAGGUCGUACAAAUAAGUUACACUCCGCACACAAUGCCAGGCAACAGGAAUAAGAACUAGAAAAUAUCCACCACCAACCAAUCGAAAGAGAAUUCCUAUCCGCUAUCUCUACUCCUACUCUCAUACCUCGCUUUUAUACUCCAAACUAUUUUAAACUUCUUAAACCUAAUUCUCUUAUUAUCGAUAUUAUGUAUCUCAGAGUACAAAAAUCUAAUCUAUCCAUCUUACAUAGUCUAGCAUAACUUUCUUAAAUUCUUUUUUUUCACUGCAUAUUCAUAUCUCUACACCAUAUUCCAUAAUACUUUUCACUAAAUAGCUAAACAAUACCCAUCUUCUGAUGGUUAUUCCAUCUUUUGUUCUUAUAUAGCCACUUCUACAGGUCAUCUACUUCUGUUUCUUCCAUAAUAGAUCAUAAUUUUUCCCUAUAAACAUUCGAAGGCUAUCUCUAAGUCCACGAACAAUGCAUAGACUUUUUUAUCUUUUCCUUUGACUUUUCCUUCUCCCUCUGCAUAAUAUUCAAAAUGUUGUGUCCAAAGUAGAUCUCCCUUUUCUGAAGAGUUUUAAUAAUAUUUAAUAUAAUAUUAAUAUGAAGGGAAGAAGGGUUCUUACUUAGCAUUUCUUACAAAAACUAUUUUUGUACAUAUAAAUACAAAUUCAAAAUUAAGCUAAUAACAAGUGCAAAAAUAAGGUGCAAUGAAUUUGCUUUAAAAUUUAUCUAAUUUGAAUAUUACAAUCCCAUCAUUCGGACCAUUUUCAAUUGUGUAUAUGAUCUAUAUAUAUAUUUAUAUAUAUUUAUUAUUAACCGUUAUUGCUGUUUUGUAUGUCACUGAAAUUAUGACUUAUUUAUUCGUUUCCUAUUUGAAUUUAUAUUUACAUCUAAGCCUUUUCGUUUUAUUCUUAUACUUGUGUUUAAAAUGAAGGAUAUUAAAGAUUGAUAAAUAAUGUAAAGUUUAUGAACAGACAUUAUCGCGCGUUUUUUCGUCCUCAGAUGUGCUUAUAUAUGUUUGGUUGUUUCAGUGAACAGUUUCUAUCCAGUGUCAAUAAGAUUAGAGACAGAAGAAGAAGUGAUUAUUAUAUCCUGCCUACACAAAAUUGUCUUCGAAUUCGUUUGACGACGUAUCUGAGCAACGACUACAAAAAGACUAAAAAACUAUUCUUUCACUGUGAUAAAACAAGAGGCAACGUUAUGGAUUUCGAGCCUGGUAAUAGUAUUAAUAAGGAUGGAAGUCGAAUCAAUGCCAUCGCACAAAUGCAAAGCAGUCAGGAAAUUGUUCAAUAUUUGCCCGUUGAUGUAUUUUACAAGAUGGAUCAUUCUAAACGUGGUUUAGCUGUAAUAUUUAAUCAAACAUGUUUCCCUAACCUGCCUCUCAUGGAUCGCCGUAUUACUAAUGAGAUUGAUCAUCGCAAUCUUAGUGAUACACUAAAAAGUCUGGGAUUUGAUAUAUGGGACUGUAAUGAUUAUACUUAUGUAAACAUAGGAAUUAAAUUAAAUGAAAUUGCCAACCUGAAUCAUUCUGAAAGUGAUUGCUUGAUAAUAGUCGUGUUAAGCUACGGUGUACGCGAUUGUCUCUAUGCGUGCGAUACUUAUUACAGAGUAGAUCUUCUCUGUAAGUUCUUUACUGCUGAUAAAUGUCCGACCCUCGCUGGGAAGCCUAAAUUAUUUUUUAUUCAAGCUUGCCAAUCCGAUCAAAGAAACUCUGCUUUUGAACGUACAUGUAGAAACGAAUUGUCAGACGCAUUUCGUAUUGAACAUGAUUUUCUGAUUGUCUACUCAUCUAUACCAGCUUACUACGCUUUGACAAUGAGUAAUGAACGUGGGAGAAUUAGUGGAUCGUGGUUCAUGGAAGCUUUAUCCUCUCAAUUACGCGAAAAUGGCACUCGUUACGAUUUGUUAACAUUAUUGACAUUUGUAUGUAAACGUGUUACCAAGAACUUUAACGGAAUCCCACAUUUGACUCUGUUUCAAAAAAAACAAGUUCCAUGCAUUAUUUCUAUGCUGACAUCUUUGGUAAAAUUUACUCCAAAGCAGGCAAAUCAGGAAACUAUAGGAUAUGAUGACCGAGAUCUGUUUGUGAACCGGAAAUAUGCCCCCUUCUAAAACUUCUUGAAAUUUGUUUGAAUAUUGAAAACAUGCAUCUUAAUACAAAAUAUAGUUUAUGGCCAGUGAUGUAAAAUGAAUUUGAUAUGUCUGCUUCAAGGAAAUUGUGGUCAUUUGUGUGUGUGGGUGUGUAUACAUACAUAUAUAUACAGGGUGUAACAAAGACUUCUCUGCUUUUCAUUGUAUAUUCUAGCUCUUGUACUUUGUUAUAGUUCCGAUUUUUUUGUUACACCCCGUAUACAUGUAUAUGUAAAUUAACAAAUGAGUAUACUCUAAUCGGUAUGUAUAUUCCCUAUUUAGAAUAUGAUAAGACCGAAACGAGAAUAUCGAAUGCAAAACAAGUAUUACUAACAUUUAUUAUAAUGCAGCAUAAUCUCUUUACAAAAUAAAGUAUUGAUAUGUGUGUUUGUACGGCAUAAGUGAAAUAAUCAUUAUGAGAAGACAUACUUUUAUGAUUUUGCUUUGUCAAAAAAGAAAUGUAAUAAUAAUAUACAUGUGUUAUAUAAUAAUAUAAAU